GCUCUUGUUGUCGGAGGUGAACAUGGCGGCGUACAGCGUGUGAAGGGGACACGGCGGUAGCCGGUCAGCUGCGCGAAGAACAUGUAUAAAACACCCUGUAGCAGAGUGGCCGGUUUGGUUGGUGCCAGUGUGAAUCAGAAGUUGUUAGUAAGCACACCAAGAAAUCACUUCUGUGUAAGGAGUCUUAUCCAGCUUUGCAGGAGUGAACCAGCGCAAUGGAUCACAUUCCAGCACCUGAACUUCCUCAAGCGGCAGUAUGUCACAAAGAACAUUGGUGGUCUAAGUCAGAGAGCCAGGCCUAAGCAAGAGCCUGUAACCUCCAUGCUGGACGACAGAGAUGACUCGAUCGUCCAAAUUCAGCAGAUCCCAGCAAUAAAGACCCAGCCUGGUGUGGUGGUACCUGGCAGCGAGGCCUCCAGUCUGCAGGACGAACCGGAGGCGGCCAGACAGGCCCAUCUGGAAGCCCGGCAAUGGAAGGAACUGAGAGUGGAGUACUCAGAUUUACCAGGGGUCUAUGCUCGUCUCUCCAAGAUUAAACUCACAGCGCUUGUAGUGACAACAGCAGCAGCAGGAUACGCCAUGGCUCCGGUGCCCUUUGACCCUGUCACCUUUGUGUUGGCCUCAGUUGGAACAGGCCUUUCCUCCUGUAUGGCUAACUCCAUUAACCAGUACUUUGAGGUUCCCUUUGACUCCAAUAUGAACCGUACGAAAAACAGACCACUGGUCCGAGGACAAAUAAGCCCCCUCCAUGCUGUGUCCUUUGCUCUGGCAUGUGGUAUCCCGGGUGUGACCCUGUUGACCCUGGCUGUUAACCCCCUCACUGGUUUCCUGGGGGCACUGAACAUCUUCCUGUACACUUGCUGUUAUACACCUUUGAAACGCCUCAGCAUCACCAACACUUGGGUGGGCUCAGUGGUGGGAGCCAUACCCCCUAUCAUGGGUUGGACCGCUGCUAUGGGGACCCUCGAUCCAGGUGCUCUGCUGCUGGGUGGUUUCCUCUACUCUUGGCAGUUUCCUCAUUUCAAUGCUUUAAGCUGGAACCUGCGAGAAGAUUACUCACGUGGCGGCUACCGCAUGAUGUCAGUCACCCACCCUGCGCUGUGCAAGCGGGUGGCCCUGCGCCACAGCGUGGGUUUGAUCGGCCUCUCCACUCUCUGCCCUGUGUUGGAUGUCACCACCUGGACUUUCCCUCUGAUCUCUCUGCCCAUCAACCUCUACAUCAGUUACUUGGCCUUCCGCUUCUACCGCCGUGCAGACCGACAGAAUGCCCGCAAGCUUUUCUUUUGCAGUCUUUGGCAUCUACCCAUGCUGCUGCUGCUCAUGCUGACCUGCAAGAAGCGUCGUCCAGUGCCGGAGGAUGCAGUGAAGCCAGUGGACACCCCCCUAGCUCUGCAGAGUUAACCACAGCAGUGCCUCACUCCAUACAGCUCUAGUCUAUCAUUAGAUCAGUGGUUCCCAGUUGUACCCCUGCCCUGUUUAUUGUUACUGUCAUGAGAAUACAUUUCAUCUUUGAAACAGUAACUUUAUAGGUGAAGGAAAUAUCAUUAGUAUCCAUUAAUGUAGGUUAUUGGACCAUUUGUAUUGGUCCAGUCAUCAGUAAAACAUAAAGUUUACAUAUUGUAAGACUGCUUGUGCUUUCAAAUACUGUAGAAAAAUAAACGUUAAGUUUCUUAUGACAGUGAUCUUACUUUGGUGUUUCCACUGCACUAAUACACCCAACUAAAGUGAGUUGUGGCUGUCUAGAGCAGGGAAAAUGCUAAAAUGUGCAGGACAGGGGAACUCCAGGACCAGGAUUGAGAACCACUGCUUUGACUCAUGUUCUUCAUUUUAUGGCAUUUCAUAGAGGAUUUCUGUUUUGCUUAAAGCCUUUGGAUUGAUCAGGUUAAAAACAGGAAGCUCCCAGUGGGCCAAUGGCAAUUCCUCCUUGUUGUUCUCAGGUGCUCUGAUAGAGAAGAGAAGCCUGGGUUCCUUGGAGAAUAAUAUCACUCAGGUCACUGGUGAACAAGUCAAUGCAAUGUAUGUAAAUAUGUCAAAUAUUUAUUUAAAUAGCCACCCGCCCUACAGUAAGAGUCAGCAAAUAAAAUGAGUCACGCCUAACUGAUAGACGAUGGAAUCCAAAUCUGCUUCAGCUCUGAAGAGCUUUGAGUGUUUUACUGUAAACUGUGUUGAGUUCAGUCACAGCUCAGAUACAAUACCAAAUGUUAUAUGUACUGUAAAUUGGGUAGGAAGCCUUUGUAAUGUGCUGCUUUGGGCUGGUUGUGGUACAUAGUACUCCAAAACGAGGGAGCACCUCUCUGUCGGCUCUUGGAGCCGACCUUCUUCCAUUGUACAAUUUCUUCGUGUCAUGAUUCGCCUACAUCUGACCUCAGUGCUUAAAUAACCUGUGUAAGUCACAAAAGGACACGUGUUCUUUACAAUAAAAAUGUCGUAUGACCA